UGGUACAGAGGUGCAAUAUCCAGAAAAGAGGCAGAGCGUCAAAUAUCUACGGAAAAUUUAGAAACAGGAACAUUUUUAUUGCGUACAAGUGAAUCAUGUCCAGGUUCUUAUGUAUUAACUGUGCGUGACCAUGUUGAUGCCAUCGGUCUGGUUGUUAGACAUUAUAAAAUCAGAAAUAUGGACAACGGGGGUUGUUAUAUCACAUAUAGACAGAUAUUUCGAACUAUUCUGAAACUAAUCGAGUAUUAUAAAAGUGAGUAUUUAUGUUUAGUACCAUUCUAG